AUGGCGGCCGCAAAGAUGAAAAAGUCCCUGGAGUCAGUCAACUCUAGGCUCCAGCUUGUUAUGAAAAGUGGGAAGUACGUGCCGGGGUACAAACAGACUCUGAAGAUGAUCAGACAAGGCAAAGCAAAGUUGGUUAUCCUCACCAACAGCUGCCCAGCUUUGAGGAAAUCUGAAAUAGAGUUCUAUGCCAUGUGGACUAAAACUGGUGUCCAUCACUACAGUGGCAAUAAUAUUGAACUGGGCACAGGGUGUGGCAAAUACUACAGCGCAUGCCCACUGGCUGUCAUUGACCCAGGGGAUUCUGAUAUUAUUAGAAGCAUGCCAGAACAGUCUGGUGAGCCCCCAGCCUCUACCUCCUAG